AAUGUAGUAGUUGUGAGAUUGUGAGUUAGUUAUUGACCACAGAAACAGAAAAUAAAGGAUAAGCAGGGGAUGUGAGUUCUGAGCUGCUCUCUGAUCACUUCACCAAGACCAACUAGUAAAGGGCAAGAGAUACAAGAUAAUACAAUGUCCAUUUUACCCAGCAGCUACUGCUACUGCCAUUGCAGCUCACAAGUACAGCCCAAAGUUUUGCUUGCUGAUAUAUUCAAGUUGAAUGGAUCAUCAAGUGUUAAGCAUACUAGAAGGAGAUCAUCAUCAGUUAAGUUGACAGGCAGGCCAGCAUUGCGCUGCAUGAGCAUUUCAGCAUCGCUUCAAGAACUCGACUUAACGGAGGAUAAUGUGAAGCAAGUCCUCCUGGAUGCUAGAGAAAAGUUCUCACAUAUCUUUGACACUUCGGUUGGCAUGACAGGAGUGGCAGAAUUAGCUGAAGUGGAUGGUCCAUAUGUAAAGAUUAGUCUCAAGGGCCGGUUUUGGCAUGAACGUUCUUUAAUUUUAGCAAGACUUGGUAACUACUUGAAGCAGAGGAUUCCGGAAAUCUUGGAGGUAGAUAUAGAAGACGAGAAACAACUUGAUGAUAGCCCUGAAAAUUUCUGAGGUAUUAAAAGUUGUGGAGCAUUUAAUCCAGUUCUUUGAUUCAAAGGCAAUCUAUCAGAAUGGGAAUUUGAGCGUACUAUUAUUACUUCCGAGGGAAAUUGUACACCAUAAUAGUUAUGCCAGAAGCAACAAUGAAGAUAAAAGCGGAAGCAUUAUCAAAUGGGACACAAUGCAUGACCACAAUUACAUGAAUCGGGCUACUUCUGCACUAAGAUGGUAUUGUUUGUCACUGCAGCUUUGCUGGGAACUAAUUCUUGUAAACAAAGUCCAGGCAAUUGGUUUUUGCUUGGGAGUUCAGUAUCUGAUGAAACCUUAGAUAAUAAACAUAUAGAACAUUCAUGAACAUACUUCAUAUUUGAACUCUUAAUGUAUGAUAUUUCAAAUACUUUUAUACA